AUGCUCUCACUUUCUCUCACUUUCUCUCACUCUGGCCUCGUGGAAAUGUAUCCCAAAUCAAGGCUCUCAUUAGUACGGCUCCAGAAAGACGUGCUCCGGGACCUUUUCAUGGACACGGUUGUGCCCGAUGCGAGAUGGGAAUAUGAUCUCCUCGUCUUUAUGCCUAAGACACGCAGAAUUGUCCAGUCAACGUCAUCUCGGUUAACUAGCUUCAUUUCUCUUGUCGUCUGCUUCUCUUCUGACUUGGGCCGGGCAUUCGUCAUUCACCUCUGA